CCACAGCAAUAUUUAUUGAAUAUUCUAUCUAGUCUUUAUACACAUUUCGACGUCUUAGAAGUCGUUUGAAAUUUAAAGGGUUAAAAGCGUCGGAUAAGACGUUCGUGUUUUAUUAUAACAAUGUCUAACCGAGAAUAUCCUGAAGUAUUUGGUCGUUUUGAGAGAACAGUCGAAGAUGGAACAAUUUUGACAUUCGAAAUUUCAGAUAUUCCAGAGUCAAUGUGGAGUACUGCGGUUGAAUUUAUGCUGGGAAAUUACAUAAGAGAAGAUGUUUGGUGGACUACGGUAGGCACGGCGAAGAGUCUUGAGGCUGUGCAAGAGUACAGAGUGCUACUGACAUCGAUCGUUAAGCAGAAAAUGAGUUUGGCAUGCUUCCUCGCCGCCGGAGACGGUUCAGGACACACGCUUGUCGGUGUCAACAUUUGCUUGCCACAAGAAAAGGGACGCUUCAUUGAACACACCCCGCCCAAAACGAAGGCAGGUUUGGUAUCGCUACGUAUGUUCGUGGAAGCUAUGAAAGUGACAGUGAUAUAUGAUAAAUACAACGUGAAUGAAUAUCUCAUGGGAGCUGGCCUUUCUGUAACACCAGAAUACAGGGGUCUCGGCAUUGGCGUGGAAUUACUGAAAGCAAGAUUGAAACUAACAAAGACUUUAGGUCUUAGAGCAACUGGUGGCAUAUUUACAAGUAUGCAGGCGCAACGAGUGGCAGAAAAAGCGGGCAUGGAGUGUUUGUAUGAAAUAGCAUAUAAAAAGUUCGGGAAACAAUGCCAUGUAACGUUUGACACUGAUACAGAGUAUUUAAAAAUAUUCGGAAAAAGUGUUGAAAAUUAAGGAAAUCUGUUAAUUUAACAGCUUUUCUUGUAACGACACCCAGAGAUUUAUUUCAGGUGGACUAAACAACAGUGUUAACAAAAGGACGUGACAUGACGUCAUUUCAAAGGUUUAAGACUUCUGCGAUUAAUAGUCUGUGGGGCCCGACUUUAUGACUCUUCUGAGAAUAGCAGGGAUGAUAAAUGAUCUCCAUUUCUGUGGACUAUAACUGGCUGGACUUUAAUUUAAACGAUAAGUAAGUCAUAUACUAUUUGAAGAGAAUACGGCCGCAUGAUUAUUAUAUAAGAGUAUGCUUUCUUGUUAUUCUUCAAUGUUACUUAAUGUACUUAAAUAUUCAUUUAUUUGUCGCAAAGCUCGAAAACAAUAAUCUCAGUAUUAUAAAUUAACUCACUGUGAGUGGGGCAAGUCACUCUCCUAAUCUCUUAUAUAGAAAUCUGAAGUUGAUAAAUUAUUGUUGUGCGUUUAGUAAGGAACUGUAUUAUAAAUAUAAAUCAUAUGAUAAUAAGUAUAAAUAAAAUUCAUAAUAGCAGAAAUUAUGUAUUCUUUUUAAGUAUUUACCUAUUAUCAUCAUCAUUCUUAACAAUUCGUUAGAAAUUUAUGUCUGAUUACAACACUACGUAAGCCAAGCAGCUUACUAUAUAUUUUGACGGAGUAAAAUAAACGCACAACUUUUUACGAGUAAUCCACAAGGGCAUGGUUCAUGAUACUGAUAUAAAUAGAGAACUAAUUUCUAAACAACUAAUUCAGUUUCAGUAAAUUUACUUUCCAAGCUCUGUAGCCUAAUGAUUUUAUAGUUUAUUUAAUCAUGUAAAUACUAAAGUAACUAACUAACAUUCUAUCUAGGAAUUAUUCAUUGCG